CAGAUUCCUAUGCCAAGAUGCCAGCCCUGGAGACGUUUAUGGGUAUUGAUCCACACACUGCUAGAAAACAUCUGUAUUAUAGUUUACAGAUGAAGGAUAUAGCAGUUGCCGUGGUAACAUCUAUAUUGGAUACUGGAUUAGUUGUACAGUUAUUGUGUUUGGAUGAUGGCAAAAACAGAGACAUAGAUGAUCUUGGGAUAACUGCUUUUGUUCAUAGUGCAGAAAUACCCAAGAUGUUUCCAACACAGAACCCAGUGGAAGGGUAUCAAGUUAAGGAUUUUAUCAGAGGUGUUAUAAUAAAUGUGAACCCGGAAGCUGAGAGUGUUCUUAUGUCCCUGAUGGAUACAUCGCUAGGAGAUAUUGCUGGACCUAAACCAACACUUGGACUGAUACAGGAAGAAGACUUUCCAGUACAAUACAGGAGGAAGUUGCACAUCAGAGGGUUGACGUUUGAUGAGUUAGUCAAUUCCAUCAUUGGCUUCACUAACCCAGGAAACGUCCGAUUCUUGUUGGAGACGUUGGGUCAGAAAGAAGAAGUGUCCAUGAUGAGGGGCCUGUACCGGUUGAAGAUUUCAGAGAAAGAUUAUGCUGAAAGUUUGAGAAAAUCACAGUCACAAAAAUGGGCUUACCAAUGUGUUGCACAAGGAAUUCACGACUUUAAGGCAAAUAGACAGACUGAGGCCAUGCAGUCUUUCAACAAGGCAUUACAGAUAGAUACAACGAAUGUAGAAGCUUUAGUUGCCAGGGGAGCAUUGUAUGCCAACAAUGAGAGUUACACAAGGGCCUUGGUAGAUUUUGAAGAGGCUCUGCGAAUUAACUCGAAGCAUCCAAAUGCUAUAAAAUACAUGCAUGAGACACUCCUCGCUAAGGGAAAAUGCCAUGAGGAUGACAAACAAUUUUCUGAUGCUAAAGUUUGUUACCAGCGUGCAGUGGAAAUAAUGCCUAACUCUGAUGAAGCCAAGGAAUAUCUCAGAUAUAUAGAAUACAAAGAGGAGCGUGAAGCCGGAAGAAGUACGAAGGUAAAGAAGGAACGAACACCAUCACCCGUACCAUAUAAAGAUACCACUGAAACACUGAAAAAACUUAUUAAAGAAGAGAAAAAAGUUUCCAGGUCGAGAAAAAAGGAUCCUUCAGAGGAGCAUCCUGGGAAGAAAAGGUCGGCAUCACCUAGGAGACGUCGUCGUAGAUCAUCCUCUAGUUCUUCUAGCAGUUCUUCAUCUAGUUCAUCAGAGUCAUCAAGGUCACGACACGGUGAUAAGUCACGAGGUCAGAGGUCACAAGUAAAAAGGGAACCUAAGUCUGCUUCUAAAAAAGAAAAAGAUGAGAGUCUGUAUGCAAAGUCAAAAUCACAGGAGUCUGUUACAAAGUCAAAAGAAGAAUAUGAUGACCGCAGAGGAAAGAAGUCGCCAAAAAAUUCACGCUCCAGAGAAGAUGAUUUUCUUUACGGGGAAGAUCAGUCAAGAGAUAUCAAACAAGAAUCCAAGUCAAGCUUUUACAGUUUCAGCAGAAGUAAUGAGAAAAUCCCAGGAUUAGGAGAGAGUCCUCCACGGCAGGAAGAAAUGGAAAGACAGCCGGUAGAUAUCGCAUCAUCAUCGAGACAUUCGGCUGAGAAAACCAAGCAGGAUAGUAAGGAAUCAAGGUAUGCGGUGGAAGAAAGGUCAAGUAUGAGGUUGUACGAGGGAAAUAUGCCAAGUAGACGAAGUAGAGAUGAAAGAUCACCGUCAUUGGGCCGGGAGCUCACCUACAAACCUCCAGAAAAUGAGAGAGGAGAUUAUAACAGAAAUACUGAAAAAGACAACAGGAGGAGGUAUGACGAAGAGAAAAGCCAGAGCUUAAGAGAUGAUGAAUUUUUGUACGGAACAAGUGAAAGUUAUGAACACAGAGAUAGAAGACGAGAUGAUUAUCUAAAAUAUGAUUCAAACAAAAGUAGAUCAACUGGGAGAGACGUUAUGGUUGGAAAUAAAGGACAUCCAGCUAUAACAGGGGGUCGGGAUAGUGUCACUCCAACCAAAGAUGAAGUGAGUGAUAGACUGGGCUUAGAAGACAUCUCGUCUCCGGAAGAUGUUGGUCAACAUGGUGCUGAUUAUCGAUACAGAGCAUAUGGUAGACAAGAUGACUUUCAGUAUAGAAAAUAUAGCAAGCAAGGUGAUAAUAGGUACAGAGACUCUAGUAUGGAUAGACGAAACGAUGAUCAUAUAUAUAGGGAUCAAAGGAGGCAUUCACCAGAAAGAAAUAGAUCACCUAGAAAUCAUUCACCUAGGUAUGAGUCUCCAAGAAGACACGAUCCUUCACAAAGAAGGGACUCUGGUAGAUUUACAUCACCCCCUGACCAUACUCCCCAAUAUAGACAUGGUUCACCUCCAAGACAAGGUUCAUCUCAUAGAAGAACUAUAUCUCCAAGGCGGCCAUCUCCUAGGCAGCAGGAAGACCAAUAUAGAGGGUCAUAUAACUCAGAAUGGCCUAAAAGACAAGGUCAGGAAGAAGAAUUCGAAGAAAGGCGAAUCAUAUCUAUGUCAAAGAAGGACAAGAAUCAACCUGGAAAGAGCUAUAACUUUGAACAAAAUGAAUAUAGAAGGAGGUCACCGCCCAGAGAUAGUGAUGCAAGACGGACAGAUGAACUUAAUGACAGUCAAGAAAGAAGAAGUAUUAUGAUUGGAAAGGGGAAUAAACAAGAUAGGAGAGGAUCACCAUUACCAGAAAACUAUAUGGAAUAUGACAGAAAGGAAAGUUCUGCUAUAAAAGACAAUAAGUGGAAGAAAAGUUUCAAAGAUGCAAGGUCAAGAUCACGUUCACCAGAAGGCAGACAGAGUCGAGAGCAACUGUAUAAAUACAAGUCUAAGGAAGAUUACUAUGAACAGAAACCGAGCGAAAGCAGUGAAAGAAGGGAAAUUAUUAUAAGGAAAAAAAUAGCUGGAUCAAGAAGUAGAUCAAGGUCACCUUCAUUAAGACAGAAACGUUAUGAUAGCCGCAGGAGUAAGUCAGGGUCACCUCUUGGGCAAAGAAAAGAUGAUAACCGUAGAAGUAGGUCAAGGUCGCCAUCUUCAAGACAAAUACAAGAUAAAAGACGCAGAAGUAGCUCAAGGUCACCUUCCAGAAAAAAACGUUAUGAUAGCCAAAGAAGUAGGUCACGGUCACUGUCCAGACCAAAACGUUAUGAUAGACAUAGAAGUAGGUCAAGAUCACUUUCGAGACAAAAACAUGACGAUAGCCGCAGAAGUAGAUCAAGUAGUAGGGAAGAAACAUAUGAGAGAGUUAUUGCAGUGAAACCAAAAAAAAUAGAUGGUCAAGGAAAGGACGCAACAUUGGACAGAAAUCCCUCUAGAGAUUAUGAGAGGAGAAGCACUGAAAGGUCAAAUGGUGAUCAGUCAAAGCUGUCAACUGAUAUUUUUGCUGAUUUACCUCCACCAAGAGCCAGUAAAGAUAAGCAAAUGAUUUCCACUUACGUGCCAAGAGCAGUAAAAUUGAAGCAGCAACAUCCCAUUGGUAUUAAUCCAGAGAGUAAACCUCCAGUAAUUGAGCAGAAGGUAGAAAUGGUAAACAUGGAAACGAGAAAUAUACAUGUUAAAACCGUAGGAGAUCUGCCCAGUAAGAAUGCUAAUUUAGAUAAUGACCCAAGGUUUAAAUUUAGACCAAAAACUCCUGAAAAUAAAAGGAAAUCAUCAAGAUAUAAGUCAAGGUCCAGAUCUCGAUCUAGAUCUGCAGACAAGUAUAGGAAGAGUAGGAGGUCAAGAAGCCGUUCAUAUUCUCCGAAAUCCAAAUCUCGAUCACGCAGGUCUCGAUCACGUGCAACACGAUCUAGGUCCAGGUCACGAGACAAGUACAGGAGUAAAAAGGAUCAUUACAAACAACAUAAAAGAUCAUAUAGUUCUUCAAGUUCAAGGUCACGUUCUAGGUCUAGAGGAAAAUCUUCUAGUGCAAAGAAGACCAGAAAGGGUUCCUCACCUGGAAGAAAAAUUGUUGCCAGUGACCUUCCUAAGGUCAGCAGUCGAUGGGAUAGUCCAGAAGAAAAGAAAAGUCGUUGGGGCACUUCAGAGACUGGACCUAAAUUGUUACCAGAGUCACAAGUGAGUCAGGCACAGGAGAAAAUGGCAAACAUGUUAGCGGCACAUCUGAUCUCAAAGUCUCCUCCACCUCAUCGAAGAAUGAAACCCGAAGAAAAAGCUGCCCUGGCAAAGAAGUGGAAAGAGUUGAGUGUAUCUCCAUUACCCGAAGACGAAGUUGAAGAUGAAGUUUCCAGUAUAAUACGGGCAAGAGCUGCUAAUGUUGAGAAGAAAAUAUUUACAGAGGAAAAAAAUAAAGCAAAUGAAAAAAAUAAAGAAAAACCUUCUAAAGAAUCUAAAACUGAAGGUAAGGUCUCAGUAAACAUUCAGAAAAUUAUGAAAAUGAAGGGUUUACGGUCAAAAUGGGAUACUGAUAGUGGCAGUGAAACUGAAGGUAAAAAAUCAAGAUCAAGGUCCCGUGAGAGAAGUUCAAAAUCAAAAAAGGAUAGUCAUGGUAAGAGAGAUGGGUCAAGUUCAAGUGAUAGAGGCAAGAGUAAAUCAGAAAAGAAGAAGAAAAAGGACAGAUCUAGAAGCAAAGAGAGGAAACAAAGUAGCAACAAGAAGCACAAGUCUCGUAGUAAAAGCAAGGAAAGAAGUUCUAGACGAUCAAGGAGUAAAAGCAAGGACAGAAAGUUGAGUAAAGACAGGAAAGAUAGGUCAAGGAGCAGAGAAAGAAAAACAAGCGAAAGUGAUCGAAGAAAGAGUAGUGGGAAAAGUUUGCCAGAUGUUGUUCAAAGUGCUAAAAAGGAUCCAGAUGAGAAAAGAGUUUUCUGGUUUCAUCGUGACGAAAUUGAGGCAAAUAAAAACAAGUUGAAGAAAAGGUCACGGUCUAGGUCACCCAAAUCAAAGAAGCCUCAGGUAAAAGCAAGAGGAAUGUUGUUCAAGCCCACCUUUAAAUCAAAAUGGUCAAGUGACUCAGACUCUUCAGAUGAAAAACAUAAAGAAAAGUCAAAAACUGAGGAGAAGGGAUCAACUCUCGUACCAAAAGACUCGCUUACACAGCUAGAAGAAUUUUACAACAAAUUAAAAAUGGAAAAGCAAAGGAAAGAGUCAGGUGACAAAAAGUGAUGAAUUAGCAAAAAAAUGUUGACGAUUUUUUUUUCUUGUUUAUUUUCAACCAGAAUCAGUGGUUAGCACAUGUUACAUUGGGAAUUUAGAUUGUUAAUAAGCACAUGCCGUUAAAUAGUCAUAUUUUUGUACAGGCUAUGAAAUUGUGAGGUUAUUCAAUGAGAUGAAUAAGAGAAAACCAUGUAAAUAUUAAAGGUAACAUCAGAAGAUAACCUUGUGAAUUGAAUUUAGAGUGUUAGAUUGAAUUGAGAAUUAGGGUUAGAGAAGAAGAAAUUGUGAAUUGAGGUUGGAGCAUCACAAUAAGUUGUGAUUGCUAUUAGACCAUGAGAUAACAUUGUGAAUAAAGUUCAGACUGCGAGAAAAUUGUGAAUUAAGGUUAGUAGCAUCAGAUCACAUUGUAAAUUGAGGUUUUAGCAUCACAGUAAGUUGUGAUUGAAAAUAGCCAAUGAGAUAACAUUGUGAAUAAAGUUCAGACUGCGAGAAAAUUGUGAAUUAAGGUUAGUAGCAUCAGAUCACAUUGUAAAUUGAGGUUUUAGCAUCACAGUAAGUUGUGAUUGAAAAUAGCCAAUGAGAUAACAUUGUGAAUAAAGUUCAGACUGCGAGAAAAUUGUGAAUUAAGGUUAGUAGCAUCAGAUCACAUUGUAAAUUGAGGUUUUAGCAUCACAGUAAGUUGUGAUUGAAAAUAGCCAAUGAGAUAACAUUGGAAUAAAGUUACAGACAACAAGAAAAUUGUGAAUUAAGGUUAGUAGCAUCAGAUCACAUUGUAAAUUGAGGUUUUAGCAUCACAGUAAGUUGUGAUUGAAAAUAGCCAAUGAGAUAACAUUGUGAAUAAAGUUCAGUCUGCAAGAAAAUUGUGAAUUAAGGUUAGACCUUGGCAUUAGAUUGCAAUGUGAAGGUAACAUUCUGAACUGAGGGAAGUUCGGGAUAUGACAUCGUGAAAUUAGGUCAGAGCAUAAGAUAAUGUUGUAAAUAAGUUUAGAGUAUAAGAAUGUUGUAAAUAAGGUUAGAGUAUUAGGUUUCAUUGUGAAUUGAUGUAUAAGCAUUCAAUAACUUUGUAAGUUAAGGUUAGGCCGUAAGAAAAUAUUGUUUAUUGAGGCAAAGCCAUGAGAUAACAUGUCAUUUCAAGUAAGGACAUAAGAUUACAUAGCCAGUUGGGAUUAUGGCAUUGAGAUUGGCAGGAUAUAGA